CGCGCGUUCAGUGAAGCGCUCUCUCCUCUCUCUAUAUGUGGACAAGUUGACUUCUAAAAUGUGUUCAGUCUCGCUGGUAAUUUGCGCGCUGUCAUGGAUACAUAGAUAACAUUUAUUUGUGGUUAUAUUUGGAGGCGACUCGGAUAGAAUCCAAGCACUGGGGCGAAUAUCAAAGCUCAGGUGGUACAAUGGAUCAACAGCGAGAUCAUAGUGAAGAUGAGAGCAGAUCGAACCUGCCUUCACCAGCUCUUCAUCCGUUACAGGCUGGAGGCCACGCGCACAGGACCACCAACUUUUUCAUUGAAGACAUCCUGAGUGCAGAUUUCGGCUGCAGGAGGGCGCAGGGUCCGGUCUCGCGCGCUUCACAGACUCUCCCCGAUUCCAACUGCAGCACUGACAGCGCUUCAUCUUCAGCCUCCUCCACCGUUUCGUGCACGUCCAGUAAGAGACAUUCUGAAGAAAACGAUGCCAAUCGAGUUCAAUCACCAAAAUCAUCCGUUGCUUCGGAUAGUGGUGAAACCUCCGCCCGGCAGGUUCUGUGGCCCGCCUGGGUUUAUUGCACGAGAUAUUCUGACCGGCCGUCUUCUGGCCCGAGGACCCGGAAAUUGAAAAAGAAGAAAAACUCGAGUGAGGACAAGCGACCCAGAACGGCGUUCACAGCCGAGCAGCUUCAGAGACUGAAGACUGAGUUUCAGAACAGCCGAUACAUCACCGAGCAACGGCGACAGGUCCUCGCGCACGAGCUCAAACUGAACGAGUCACAAAUUAAAAUUUGGUUCCAGAAUAAACGCGCGAAAAUCAAGAAAUCCAGCGGAUAUAAGAACGGCCUGGCGCUCCAGCUGAUGGCACAGGGACUGUAUAACCAUUCCAGCAGCACGAGAACCCUUCACGAGAACGAGGAUCAACAAUAGACAUCCACACAAACUUCGACACCUGGGCGAGAGUGUUCAGACCGGCGAGUGAAAACAAAACUGCAUUUCGAUUUGGAUUUUAAGGAUGGUCCAUAAAUCCAGAUGAAGACGAUUUUUAGUUCCACUCUCAGGUUUUUAUUUGGCUGGAUUCUAGUUUGCCGAUAAAACAGCUUCUUCGUGCCAAAGAUUUUCGAUCAAUGUUUACAGUUACAUUUUAUGAUAAUCUCCUUUGCUUUUUUCG